AUGUUAUUACUAGAAAAUGUUCAACAUCGACUAUUUAUAACACCAAUUAUAAAUUUAACAAAAAAUUCAAUUUGUUUAACAUAUUAUUAUUAUUUAACUGAAAACAAAACUGUUUUAUUAUCAAGUUAUUAUCUUAAUCAACAAGAUGGUUUAACAACAAUUCUUGCUCUUUCAAUUGGUAAAGGAAUUCCAGCUGCAUUAGGAGUUAUUGGAUUUAUGAUUUAUAUUAUAAAAAAAAUCGAAAAUUGA